CUCAUAAAGCAAUCAAACAUCGUCGACGACUUCGCCCUGGGAGGGCAGGAAACGAAAAAUCCAAUAAAACUAAAUGUAUGUGUGAAUAUUCUGAGGGUCGCGUGCUGUACCGCGCGGCUUGAAGUUGACGCCGCCUGGACGAUGACGACGCUCAGUUAACAUUUGGAGGCCCAACAGAAAUGUCUACACAAUCACAGCGAGUGCUCAAUCCGCGCGCCAACGUCUUUCUGUUGCUCAAUUUGGGCUGUGAGGCGCUGUUUGUGAUUGAUCAGAGAUUGAAGGCGCAGCUAAUUCCGCAAGAGAAAUCAGUGCAAGUUAUACGCGAUAUAACCACGGUGCUGCUGGAGCCCAAGUUUAUAGAAUCGCUGAUCAGCGGCUCCAUACACGAGAGUGCGCAGCUUUUGACGGUGGAGCACUGUAAAUUCAUGAUCAAUGAUAUAGCGACCUGUUCGCUGAUGCGUCUGGAUGGCAACUCAAUGGAGAAGCUGUGGAGUCUUAUGACCAUGCUGUACAAGUGGCAACUGUUUCUGUCUCGGCAUCAACAUCAUCUGCUGGACAUAACGUUUCGCCAUCUGGAUGCGGUCAACAAGCUGAAUGCCAAGCGCCACUUGCUAAUUGAUUAUACCAAGAACACUUUAUUGGACUUUUGGAACAGCUGCGAUGAGCAGCAACAGUUGUCCAUCUAUGGCACCAACAAGGCAUGGCUGCAGUGCUUUAAUACGAAAAUUACGCUUCUCAUACGCUUGGGAUUUCAGUCCAUGGACGGCAGUUUCUUGCCGGCAAUAGAGCAUAGCCAGCAUGAUGUCUACGUGCAAAGCAUUGGUGAGAAUAUUUAUAUUAAAAGCAGCGAGCUGGCGCUGCAGCAGCAGCUGGAGCAACAGCAGAGUCAACAGUUGGAUCUGGCGGCACAGCUUAAUAUACCGCAGUCCAGCGGCGACUUACAGCCCAUGGAUGCGAAUCAGUUUCAGCGGCAAUUCGAGCAGACAUUCUCGAAUAUUUUAUUUGAGGACACCGAUAAUAAUUUAGCUAUAGUUGCGCCAUCGUCCACUCAAGCUAACAAUAAUGCGAAUGGUUGUGAAUUUGUGCAGCUGCCCAGCGCCAAUGGCAGCGGCUUGGCUGGCGGCAAUGGGUUGCAGCAGGAUCUGCUGGACUUGUAUAGCAAGAUGGCUUAAGGUUUAGCUUACAACAAUUGUGCGCAUAAUUAGAAAAUAUUGUAUUUGCUUGUAAAAUAAUUACAAAGAACUUUGUAUUUUGUUCACAUUCAUUUUCUUUCUUUGUUGUUGAGUUUCUCUUAUAGCAGUUUUCGAAGACAUUGGUGAUCCAACAAUAUUACAAAAUUAUUUUUUCUUUGAGCUUUGCGACCUAGUCAUAAAAUAUGUUUGUUUUUGUUUUUUA